AAAUUCGGCAACGUUAUUUCGAAUUCGCAAUAUGCAAUGUGCAAUAACGUUUUAUUUUUUGAAGCUAGAACUUUUUAGCGAUACAGCGAGAUUUGAAAUUUGAUUAAGCGAAAACCCACACCAUGCGAGACUUCUCAUCACUCAGAAAUGGUUUAGAUGAAUCAUUAGGAACAUUUUUGAUGUUUUUAAUAGGGUUUCACCUGUUUAAAAAGUUAAAUUCAAUUUUGGCGUUUGAAAGCCAUGCGGGUCACUAGUUGCUUAUAUAACUUCUUCCUUUUUUAUUUUUUACCAUCCAGCCCUAAACCAUAUUGCGGUUUAACACUUAUGCAGUUGAUUUCAUCUCUUUUCCCCACCUUUCAAUGCUUAAUUAUAGAUGAAAUCCCGUUUGUCCGGAAAAAAUCUCAUCUGAGCAGCAAAAGCUAAUGAUGUGACUAGCAAAAUUUUAUUUGUACAAGAGUUUAAUACGCUCAAAGCACUAAGUAUAUCGGCACAAACUUUUUCUCUCCUCUCUCUUUCCACUUAGCAGCAAACUAUAAAAAGUGUACGCUCAACAGUUGCCAGUAGCAGGUGAUGCAUUGAUGUAAAAAGACGUGCUAAAAAGCGUAGAGGAACCAAAAUAAACACCAGACAGUAAGCUUUGUGCAAAGCGUUUUCUCGCUUAUACAUUAACAUAAAACCAUAACAACAAAUCAAAAUGUCUGGAAAAACUGACGCCCAGACAAUACGCAAAUACUAUAAUGUCGCAUUGGAAUUGGUAAUGAAAUGUCGUCCAGUAGCAAUGGAAGGUUAUGAGAAAACCGAAGCUGUCUUUGACACAAAAGCAGCCUACUUUGAUUUGGUAACAGAAUAUGAUAAAAAAUUGGAGGAUCUACUCAUCACGGAGUUGCAAAAAGCCUUUCCCGAAUCAAAAUUCAUUGGUGAGGAAGAUAUGGCGGAGAAGAAGAAGAAGCCAGAGCUGACAGAUGCACCCACAUGGAUAAUUGAUCCCAUAGACGGAACAACAAAUUUUAUACACCGUUUUCCUAAUUGGUGUAUUUCAGUCGGUUUGACUAUACGCAAGGAAUUAGUGGUGGGUGUAGUGUAUUUACCAGCGGUAAAUGAAAUGUACUCGGCGUGGAUGGGACAUGGCGCUUAUCUUAAUGGGCAGCCUAUCAGUGUUAGCAAGUGUACUAAUAUCAAAAGCGCUGUUAUAGGGGCAGAAAUGUCACUUAUUCUGCCGGCACCUGUGCGAGAUAAAAAUGUUAAACGCCUGUGUAAGGUAGCAUCGAAUUGCAGUGGUUGCCGCGGGUUAGGCAGCGCCGCUGUAUCCCUUUGCUAUGUGGCGCGUGGCAGCAUUGAUUGCUUUUUCGUAGAGGAUUUGCAAGCAUGGGACAUUGCUGGUGGUGCCUUAAUAAUACGCGAAGCUGGUGGCUAUGUGUGCCAUACAAAAGGUGGCGAAUUUUCAGUAUUAAAACCCGAUUGUAUAGCUGCAGCAACACCUGAACUAGCUAAGGAUGUGAUAGCAUUGAUCGAGGAAGCUGAUCAGUUGACCGAAUUUACUUUUACGUGAAUAACUUCUAGUGAAUGAUAUCCCAAGCGAAAACCACCACAGUGAAUGUGUAAGGUUUCUAAUUUUCAUCAGAAAGUGCUACAAUUUAGUAAAUAAUAACUAAAAAAUAACUUAAAAAAAAAAUUUUAAGACAAGAAUUUAAAAUUGGUAAAUAAAAGGAAGAAAAAUCGACUCCCGCACCAGCUAGCGGCUAAA